AUGGAAAACAGAGAAAGUAAACCUAAACAAUACAUCGCUUUAAAACUAAAAGACAAUAAAAACCCGAUGCGCACUAUCCCGAUCCUGGACGAGGGGGAAUUCACCCUGGCCGACAGCCACGCUAUUGCCCUGUACCUCAUUACUAAAUACGGGAAACCGGAACACUCUUAUUUGUACCCUGACGACAUCAGAACGAGAGCUAGAAUCCAUCAAAUUAUGUUUAUCGGAGUUCUAUUUCCAAGACUUAGAGCUGUUAUGGCUCCUACAUACAGCGGGAAACUGGGCGAGCUGUCAAACCGUAUGAUUGUCAACAUAGUGGACGCUUACACUAUGCUUGAGGAGUAUUUAGCCAGCAGUUCUUUCUUAACCGGCAAUUCUAUGACGGUGGCCGACUUGAGCGUGCUUACUACCGUCUCCUCGCUGAACGGGCUACACCCGAUUGAUGGAAGAAAAUUCCCCAAACUAACAAAAUGGCUGAACACAAUGAAUGACAUGGACGUUUGCAGAAGAAUCAACGCUCCCGGGAGUGAGUUGCACGUCAUGGGACUAAAGGCUCUGAUGACAAAUUACAAAUCCAAUCAGAAGUCAAAACUUUAGCAUAAAUUAAUUUUUUUUUUCUCAACGCAUCGAGGUGAAGUUUCAAAUAUAUUUUUUUUUUUCUAAAAACACUUUUGUGACACACACACACACUAAAAAAUAUCUGUCUAUCUAAUGGGUGUUAUCUUCCUAAUAAGAAGCUGUAUUUUCACCAAUCUUAGAAACAAAAUAAAAAUCGAUACAGUCAAAGACUGGAAAUGAAGAUUUUGUUCUCACAAGCUUUAGAGUAGGAAGUAAGCGUAAUGCAUUGAUUGAUAUAUUAGAUUAUAUUAAUCAUUAUUAUUUAUAAUAGCGAUAGAAUUUCGCGCGAUAAAAACAGGAUCGCGCGUGCAAGUUGUAUUUUCAAAACUGAGCUAAGUUCACCAAAUUCCCAAACUAAAUACAAACACAGUUAAGAAUCACAGGUUUUUUAUUCAAUAACUAAAAAGAAAUGCAAAGAUUUUUCCAACUUUACACUCUGUAACGUCUAGACAUGGGGCUACCAUAAUGUGGAUAACUUGACAAAUUAAUGAUUACAAAAACGUUACACAUUUAUAUCUCGUCACAAUCACUAGUGUUCUUUCAAACGGACUUUUUAUAUCGCUGUCCUUGUCAUACUGUUGGGUGGAGACAGGGACAAAAUAUAGUAGAAAUUAUAUAUGAACAGGACUCCAUAUCUACUGAAGCAUAAAAUUACUUAAGUCAUCAGUAUAUUCUAUAUGUGAUGUAUUUAAAAUUUAUCGAAGACAAUGAGUUAUUAGAGAAAACCUUUUUAAAAUAAAUAAUACGAUCUUUACAAUACAGUGUUGAUUCAGCUGAACGAGACCUUGGUCUCAGAGACUAUUGGCUCUGUCUACC